GAAGCAGAGCUAGCGUUGCUGACCGGGCUGAGGUUCCUCCAAGCCGUGCCUCCACCAGACUGUCCCGACCCGGCACACAGGCCAGGAUAGAAAUAGAUGAGCUGGAGUCUUUGCUGAAAGAAAAGUUGAAAACCAACUACUACGAGGUCAGGAAAAGGUUCAAGGACAACGACCCUGAGGGCAAGGGCAAUGUGUCAAGAGAGGCAUUCUGUCGUAUACUGAUGGUGGUUAUCAACCGCCCAGUCAGCCAGUCUCAGUUCAACAGGCUGAGCGAGAGGAUAGGCCUCAAGAACAAGAGCGUUGUCUCCUUCACCGAGUUCUUCAGUCACUUCCGAGAUGUGCCUGGCGAAUCGGACUAUCCUCAGUGGAUGGACCCCGUGAACAGGACAGACAGAGUCACCAUGAGUGCUGCAUCCGUCCACAUGCACCUCAAGGAGAAGGCAAAGCAGAGAUUCUUGGACGUUGCCGACAUGUUCCCCCAGAUGAACCCCGGCGGAUCUGGCCGCAUCCUGAAGCCCGAGUUCAAGCAGAUGCUCAACAAGAUGAUGUUCUUCAUGGAGGAUGACGAGUUUGACAAACUGUGGAUCAGGUAUGACUCCGAGGGUACGGGCGUGAUCCAGGGCGGCAAGUUCCUCAAGUCCCUGGGCAUUGAGUGGAGGAACGCCACCUCGGAGGGGGUGAGGAAACCCCUGUCGCCGGUCAACGAAGAAGGAGAUGGCACCCCCGUCAGUGAGCGCCGCACCCCCCGGCGCAAGGAGCAGGAGAGGAGACAGCAGCUGAACAUAGAACGCUGGCUCAAGGACAAGUUCAGGGAGGGCUUCUUCCACAUGAAGGAGUCGUUCGAGGAGCUUGACACUAACAACACCGGCGUGGUAUCCUUUGACAACUUCCUGGAUGUCCUGAAGCAGUACGGCCUGAACCUGGAGAAGCCCCUCCUCGGAUCCUUCCUAGCUCGGUGCAGCGUCCAGGUUGUAGGUAGCGGUGUGCCCUACAAGGAGUUCCUCCACCGGUUCCAGGACCGUAGCGAGAAUGGCAUGACCCACAACAUCCUCACCGACAAGAAACACAAGUACAAUCACCCCGGCAGUGUGGACGGUGUCUCGACCGUCAGUGCCAUCGAGGCCCAGCUCAUGAAUAUGUUCCAGAGAGACUUCCUGGCUCUACUCGGCACGUUCAAGUCCAUUGACAAGAUCGGACAAGACGUUAUCAGCCAGGAGGAGUUCCGUGCCGCAAUGGAAAGCCGGUUUAACCUGGAGCUGACCGACUCACAGUUUGAAGCUUUCACAGACAGAUUACCCUUGGACGAAGAUGGGAAUGUCAAAUAUGCCGAGUUUAUGCAGCUGUUUGAUACAAAGGGGAAGGCCCAAAGCCUGUUCCAGGGCAAACGAAAGACAGCUGAUACCCUGACUAUCCCUCAGCCCGAGCAGUCCCAGUCUCCAAGACAACCGCUCCAGGAGGACGAGUUCGAGGACACCUACGUCAGGAGGACACCUCAAGAGAUCUUCAAGGUCAUCAAGGACUUGUUGAACCGCAGGUACCAGGACGUGGAGGGUGCGUUCUAUGACCUUGACGAGACCAACACCAGACGCCUGACGACGGAGAUGAUGUACCAGCUACUGAAGAGAUUUGACAUUCAGCCGGAGGUAUCCCGACGUGAGAUUCGCGACCUCUGGAAAACCUUCAUCACCAACACAGACCGGACACUCGACUACCUGCAGUUUGUCCGCCAUUUUGGCUUCUCCAUGAGGUCUGCCACCUACCCUAACGCCAAACUGAACCCCCCACGUCGCGGGGAUGCUGACUACAUGCUGAGGUCCAGGAAGCUCAACUGUGCAGCGGACAUGCUGCAAGACAGUCUUCGUUCCAAGGUUGACUACAUGUGGGAGGACCUACGACGCGAGUUCGUGAACAUGGACCCAUACAGCACUGGGUACGUGAACCGGGAGGAGUUCAAAGAUGUUCUGUCGGAGCUGUGUGUACAUCUGAGCCAGCUGGAGAUGGAGCAGCUCAGUGAGAGGUUCGACAUCAGACACGACGGCAGGGUGUCUUACGUGGAGUUCUUGAAGCCGUUUGCCUUGAGGAAGCAGGUCUGGCGUCAUGGCAACAACAUGUUGUCGUUGCUGCAGCACCCACAGCCGGAGCUCCCCAUCGCCGAUGUCGUUGAACCACCUCAACAGGGUCUGCACGGUAUCACAGCCAAACUCCGACAGAAGCUUGCGGGUGACUGGAAGAAUCUACGUCGCGCAUUCCGGAAGAUCGAUGUGACCGGUAACGGAUAUCUCUCUGUCCCAGAGUUCCGUUCGGUCCUCAGAUUGGCCAAUGUACUUCUUGACGAAGACGAAGUUUACCACGUGAUGACGGAAUUUGAUAGAGACAUGACAGGCAAAAUAUCCUACGACAAGUUCAUUGAUGAAACAUUUAGGCCGGAGACACGAAGAAGUGUGAGACGACCAUCUCAAAGUUAAACACAAAGGGCAACUAUGUGGCAAUGAGUGCCUUGACUCUCGUGAAAGUAUUGAUCAGUAUUAAUACUUCAGUACUGGAUUGCUAUCGACAUCUCAUCAGUAUUGUCUAUCACACAUGUUGUUGUGUACGGAGCUUCGUAACAUCUAGCCGUGUGUAAACGGGACAAUUAUGAUCAUAUUUCAACGGUAUAUUAUCAUUGUAUUGUAAAUAUUUUUCAGCUAAAUGAAUGUCAUGAUUUCAUAUAGAAUGCAUUGUUCAAUUCUGAUAUGUCCCUACUGUACACUUCUUAUUUGUUUUGUAUGUAGUGUGUAUGGCUUGCAAGGGAAAGAAAAAUAUACCGUCCAGCAAAAUGUCAUGACACAUGAAGGCCUGAAUAAAGACGCUUAAUUAAUUUCACAAGGGGCACUAAUUACAAUCUCUAGGCCUGAACUGAAAUGGUUAACAGACCUGGGAAGAGAGUACUCCUUUAUUUGAAGGAUGUUAAACUAUAUCCGCAUACUCCUCUCUCAAAUACAUUUAGGGGCGGUGGGGUAGCCUCAGCUGUAGUCCGCUCGUCACGCUGAAGACCCGGGUUCGAUUCCCAUAGGGUUAAAAUGUGUGAAGCCCAUUUCUGGUGUCCCCCGCCGUGAUAUUGCUGGAAUAAUGCUAAAAGCGGCGUUAAACCAUAUUCUGUAAAAUACAUUUAAACGGACUAAACUACCGGGCAAAAAGAAAGUAUACCCUUGAAAGUUUGGGAAAUUGACAAAUCAUUACGAACGUUUUCAAAACGUUACCAUAUUGAACAAAGUCGCAAAAUACAGAGGGCAUCAAAUACAUCAAAAUGUUUGUUUCCUAUUUAGCCACCAUCGCAGAUGAGUUAUUCUUUUGUCUGACAGGGCAGAUGUGUUUACGUCAGUGCUAUUCGAUGAAUGGGGACUUCCAUGUUUGGUAAUAGAAGCAGAAACGUACAUAAACCUGCUUUCAUGUCACCGUUUGCCGAUUAUCCACUCACUGUUUUCUCCAACUAUACCAAGUUGUUGUUAUAUAUGUGUGGUUGUGUUGUGGUCUUCAUGUUAUCAUAUGCAUAGUAUUUGAUUUUACAGAGAACUCCCCAAAGCAACUGUGAUAAUAAUAUGUUUAUAUUUUAUGUGUGAAUUUGUGGUUUGUUAAUUGUUAACCAUCCUUUGCUCAAUUUCAUGCUUGGCGUCAUCGUAUAUAUUUUGUAAAUCAAGAUUAAUAAACAGUGAAAACAGGA